CACAUAUGCCCUAAUGCAAAACUAAAAUCCUGGAAGCGCGGAAACGUAUUUGAAACUUUAGGUGCUCAUUUAAACAAAAUCUAUCUUCCAUUCAGGUUAAAUCCUAUGCCUUGUCAUGGCGGGACACCGUGCUUUAAGUUACAAACAACUGACGGGGCGCAUACAUUCAGUUUACUGCAAAGAUUUCGUUUCCUACAGCGAGAUCACAUUCCACCCGAAGCACUACCUGAAUGUCCUGACCGGUCCCAAUGGCAGUGGCAAGUCCACGAUUGUGUCGGCCAUUAUUUUGGGUUUGGGCGGCGAGCCGGUUCUCCUGGAUCGCUCCGCCAGCGUUGCCGACUACAUACAGAGCAACAAAACCUCGGCCACGAUUGUUGUCCAGGUUUAUGGACGGGCAGCCAACACCACGGAGACCUUCCGGCGCAUCAUCAACUCGAAUGGCUCGUCCACCUUCUCCGUGAACGGCAAGGACACCUCCAAGAAGAACUUUCUGGUGGCCGUAUCUUCCUUCAACAUACAAGUCAGUAAUUUGUGCCAGUUCCUCCCGCAGGAUCGGGUUCAGGACUUUUCAAAGAUGAAUCCCCAAGAGCUUCUACUCAACACAAUGUCUUCCGUGUGUGACGAUGAUCUUACCAACGGCUUCAACCUUUUAAAGCAGAUGCGCACACAACAGGCGAAUACCCAUGCAAAUCGGGAAAAAGAAAAAAAUGAUCUUGCAAAAAAGCAAAAACGAUUGGAACAGUUGCAAAUGACUGUAGCACAAUUUAAAGAACGCGAAGAAGUGAAGCAAAAACUGCAAAUCUUCAGCGCCAAAAAAUUGUGGGUUGAGACCCAGGCUGGUGAAGCAAAAGCCGCACAGUUGAAGACCCAAGUUAAAAAGGCAAAAACUCAAAGCGACAAAUUAAAGGAACAACACAACCAACUUGUUCAGGCUCAAGAACAAAUUCAGAGAACUAAGGUCUCAUUUAGAGAAGCUUGUUUGGAAAAGACGCGUGCAUUAGACAAAGCUGUAGCGGAACGAAAUGCUAUAGAAAGCCAACUGGAUUCUCUUAAACAAGGAAUUCGCGAAAAUAAAUAUGAAUUGGAGCAAAAUAUUCAGAAGUCAUUAAAACAUGCUAUGGAAGCGGAAAAAAUGCACAAAUUGGUCGAAAAUAAAAAUGAGGAGUUGGAAGACUUUAAUAAACACAGGCCUCAGAUUCUUUCGGAACUGGAAAGGGUUAAAGAAUCAUGCGCAGCAGCACGUCAAAAAGCCAUGGAACAGUAUAACAGACGAAAGCAACUUGAACAACAACUAAAUGAUGAAAAGAUUCCUGAAAUUACCGCCUACAAGCAUAAAAUAGAUCGACUUAAAAACGUAAAAAUGCAAAAAAUUGAAGAAAUAAGAAUGAAAAAUCCGAAUUUGGUUAAAGCUAUGAACUGGCUGGCACAAAAUAAGCAGCGGUAUAAAUUAAACGUGUAUGACCCAAUGAUACUUGAGCUUAACGUGGAAAAUUAUGAAGACGCUAAAUAUCUGGAAAACGUUGUAUCGCAGCGCGAUUUAUUUGCAUUUGCGUGCGAGGACAAAGGCGAUAUGUCGGACUUAAUAAACGAGUUAUGUGUAAAGCAAAAAUUGGGAGUCAAUAUUAUAUUCUGCGCUCCAGCGGAUAGGGUCAUGUUCAGCCCUAGUAUUUCAAAAAAUGACCUGCGCCCAUUAGGUUUUCGUGCAUAUCUUGUGGAUCUUGUUAGUGGGCCAACACCAUUAAUAAACAAGCUGUGUGCUUCUUAUUCGAUUCACAACAUUCCAAUUGGUACAGAAGCCGUAGGCAAUUAUACUUCAUCUAUUCCAAAAAAUAUUCGAGUUUAUUUUGGCGGAAACAAGAAAUUUGUGGUGACUGCGUCUCGCUAUCGUUCCGACACCAUUCUUACGGAGAGCACUAUUCGGGGAAAAAAUCAGCUCAUUACAGUGGACUCACAACAAUUGGCGCAAGUAAUGAAACAGUGUUCCGAAGCUGUAAGAGAGAGCGACAACAUUAAGAACGCUAUCACAAGAACCGACAAUGAGUUUGAACGUUUGCAAGCGGUUACAAAGGAUGAACAAGACAAAAAACGAAAGCUGGACCAAAAACUGAGCCAUUUCAGUAACCUUAAAAACGAAGUUCAAGAACUCAGGAGGAAGUUGGAAAGCCUCCAGAAAAACGAUGCACUGGACGCUCUUAAAAAUCGUUUUAGUAACAGCUUGCAUAAAGAUCUAAGAAAAAUAUUCGAAAUCGAGGCUAAUCUGUGCAACUGUUUGCAAAAGAUAGAACGUCUUAUGAUUGAAAAAAAGUUAGCUCAGACUAAAACAUCGGUUUAUAUGGUGCAACAUGAAAGCCAAAGUGAAGCACUUAAGGAAAGCGAACAACAGAGUGUAUCGGCAACAAGGGAAUUCCAAAAAUUAAUGCAGUGCUUGGAAGAUCAAAUCAGCGAUGUCAACAAGCGGAAGGGAGAUAUCCAGCGGCUGUGCGAUGGGGAAAUCCCAACCAGUUCCAAAUUUCCCUUUAAAAAGGAAUUUCGAGAUAUGGAAAGCAUGGAUUUGCCCGGAAUACUUGAAGCUAUUCACGACUUUCAGGCACGAUUCGAGUGCAUGAAGAGCGUCAACUCCGAGGCAAUCGACAGCUAUCAACAAUUGCAAAAUGAAGUCAAAAAUCUGGAAGAAGGAAUCCAACAGUCUGUAAACCAAGCCAAAACCAUCGAGUCGGAAAUGUCGAAUUUAUACCAAAAAUGGGAGCCAAAACUAACUGCCUUGGUAGAAACAAUCAGUACCAAAUUCAGCGAAUUUAUGGAGUCUAUUGAAUACGUUGGAGAUGUUGUUUUGUCCAAAAACGAUAAAUACGACUUUGAUUCAUACGGCAUUCAGAUAAUGGUGCAGUUCAGGAGAAAUGUUCAGCUGCAGCCGUUGGAUAAGUUCAUUCAAUCUGGUGGCGAGCGCGCUGUGUCAAUAGCCAUUUAUUCGUUGUCCCUACAACACGUUACUCACGUGCCAUUCAGGUGCGUCGACGAAAUCAAUCAGGGCAUGGACGCCAAAAACGAACGAAACAUAUUCGAUUUACUCCUCAAAGAAGCCACUAAGCACGGCUCGGCACAGUAUUUGUUUGUAACACCUAAGUUGCUUCGAGACCUGAACUACAACGAACAUUUGUGUGUUUCCAUUGUUCACAACUCAAAAACAGUUUGUGAUGGUAUGAAAUUUCCGAAGAUUUAAAAAUUGGAAUUUUCAGA